CUGUCAGUUUGUCUAAUGUUAGUGCUUCUUUGCAAGUUUACCAAAAGAAGAAAAUAUAUGAGGUUUUGCUUCUUACAAGUCUUUCCUUAAUCAUUUGCCUAUUUAUAUCUAUUCUUUCUAUCUCUAGUGGUUGUAUACAACUCAAAGAGGAAAAUUUGAUAAAAAUAGCAAAAAAAAAAAUGCCUUCUUCCUUAUUGUCUUUUUAGGGUUUUCGAUCCUUUAAUCCAAAAAAAAAUAAAUAAAAAAAAAUCUUUGUUUUUGUUCCCUUUUCUAUCUUCUAGAUCUGAAAAAUCAAAAGCCAGUAUUUUCUUGAGUUAUUUCUUUGUAUUAUUUGAAAGUAAUUUGGACCUUCUAAGAGUUUACAAUAUCUUCAAUUUUCACUUGUAGAAUCUUUUUUAAAAUUUUUUCAUUUCAAUUUUUCCUCUUUUUGCACUUGAGUUUUUGUGAAGUACAAAAAAAUGGUGAGAGGAAAAACUCAGCUGAAAAGAAUUGAAAAUGCAACAAGUAGGCAAGUGACUUUCUCAAAACGAAGAAGUGGACUUCUAAAAAAAGCCUUUGAGCUUUCAGUUUUAUGUGAUGCUGAAGUUGCUCUUAUUAUUUUCUCUUCAAGAGGAAAGCUUUAUGAGUUCUCAAGUUCAAGUACACACAAGACAAUAGAACGCUAUCAGAAGAAUGACAAGAGCCUGGGACAAUUCAACAGAAAACUACCUGAUCAACUUACCACUGAGCAUUUGAAAGAGGAGAUUGCAACCAUGACUAGAAAGCUCGAGUUUCUUGAAGACUCCAAAAGAAAGCUUUUAGGACAAGGUCUAGAAUCUUCCACCUUGGAUGAGCUUGAACAGGUAGAAGAACAGUUGGAAAGAGGUUUAAGCAACAUUAGGGCAAGAAAGAACCUGUUAUUCAGGGAACAGAUUGCUCAAUUGAAGGAAGAGGGAAAAAUCCUAUUGAAAGAAAAUGCAGACUUGAAGAAAAGGUCUGAGAUGCUAUCAUUGACUUUGACAACAAUUGCUAAAGAAAAGAAAGAUGAUGGAAGACAAAUUAUGGAAGUAGAGACAGAGCUCUUCAUUGGACUUCCAGAUACUAGAAAAAACUCCUAUUAACUUUUCUUUGAAUUGUAAUUAUAAUUUAUAGAGUUGUAAUAAAAACUAAAUUACUCUUAGUAUAGUUUUUUUUCCCCGUCUAUCAUCAAGUUAUUUGUUAAUAAUAAUGAUCAAAAUGAUAGCUCUGCCGAGAGAAAUGUAUAUAUGUAUACAUUUUAUUUGCUUUUAUAAUUAACGUUUUCUUUAUCUUAA